AUGGAACGUACCGGAAAAGAAUUUUCGGAAAAGAAAAUUAUCCUUCUUCGAAAUGGACAGUAUGAUUUACACGACACCGCUGAUAUUAUAGAAAUCGCAUUGGUGGCUCUGGAAAAUAGGUCAGAUGUCACCAUAAACUGCAAUAAUCCUUUAUUGCGCAAGAAGUGCUUUUUCCAUAAGAUUGCCUUUACAGCAAAUCUCAGUAUUUGUGUUGUCCCAGAUGCUGAUGUGGAAUUCCAUAAAUGCAUUUUUUGGAAUCGUACAUCAGAUGUAAUGGUGGUCUACAUUGAUCGUGCAUCAGCAAAGUUCAUAGAGUGCACAGUCAAGGACAGCAAGGGCAGUGGAAUAGCCGUUAACGGACAAAACUCAUCAGCUUCCUUGACUAAAUGUGAAACAACAAUCACUUCGUGAAUUUUACCGGGGCCACUUUUGUCAAUCACCUGCACCGCCAACAUCUAUUGAUUGUAAACCAAGUUCACCUAAUCUUGACUGCAUCAAAUUCUCAGAGGAAAUAGGAGAGAUCAACCGCAUUGUUGAGCUGUGAUUUUGCAUAAAAGGUCUAAUUAUUACUUCAUGAUGAUCAGUGUUGUAUUGAGUCCUGGAUUUACUUAGUUUGAAAUUCACAUAUUAUAAUUGGUCAUAUGACUCACACAAUUGCAAGAAAACAAUGAUAAAUAUCGACGUGCUUUACAUUUUGGUUUCAUUAUCCUGUGAUACAGAAAGACAAAUAAGCUUUCUUGGGUAUAGCCAUUUUAUUGAAGUUAAUUAUCUUUGGAUCCCGUUUGUUAUUACAUUUAUAUCGUGCAUGAUAAAGUUUUCUCACCUUAUUAACAUAGCGAUGGAGCUUUGAAGACUUCGAUAUGUGAAUCGUUGAAAUCUUCAGUGAAAUCUUUUUGAAGACAAAUUUCUUCAACAUGCUAUUCUUGUUAUUGAGACCUCUUAGAAAUUGCAGUGGAAUUCUGCUCAGUUCACGAGCACGUCUAGAUCGCCUUGCAGCACGUUUUUUAAGAUGAUAUAAAGUUAGCUUUGAUAAGUGUUCGCAUUGAUUCUCGAUAAAUUUCAUGAUGGAAGGUUCACUCAAUGUAGAUAACUUUGAUAAGUGGCUUAUUUUCUCGCUAAGUUUCACGAUGGAUUUUAAGCGAUCGCUCGUAAAUUUGUCUCUCCAAAUAUUCACUCUCAAGUUUUCGCUCAUAAACUAGUACAUCGCAAAGGUUGGGGAACGUGUCGUCCCCAAAAAGCUAUAAUCUUUCUCUUGACUCUCCACCAUACCUCGUGCUUUUCAAAAUGGCGGAUAAGAUUUCAAUGAAAGUAAGGAGCCAGCGAUAUAUCUCAGUCAGCGAUAUAUCUCUAACAAUGUAACUAUGAAAACACAGAAACGCGUUGCAUUUUAUGACCGGUGCCAGCCUUCGGCUAGGCCCCGGUAAUAAGUGGACAUAGAAGCGCAGACAACGCAUUUGCUUACGGAAUAAGGGUGUUUAAUAAAGGGAGUUUGUUGGUUUCCGAUAGCCGCAUCUACGGCAAUGUGAGGGGAAUUUGGGUUGAUGAAGCUCGAGUUGGUAUUCCAGCAAAGACUGUAAUAAUAACAGAUUGUGAAAUCUAUGAUAAUAAAUACGAAGGCGUUGUUGCAGGUGGAUGUAAGUGGGUUUCUCAUGAUUUCACCGUCGUUAUCAUGCGAAGGAACAAGAUUUAUCACAAUGGCACCAUUGGCAUCCGAGUGACAUUUAAUAUUAAUAACAUUCUGGUCGAAAACAACAAAGUGUUUGAAAACCUUUGGUGGGGAGUUUGUGUCCACAACAACGCCGGUGGUGUGUACAAAAGCAAUGAGAUUUGCAACAACAAAAUGGGUGGUAUAAGAUUUGGUUACCAAGCUCCAGGAAAGCCACCCUGUGUAGUAGUAAACAACUAUAUCCACGACAAUUGCGGACCAGCCUUAUAUGAAGGACUUCGUUACUCUGAAAACUACAGUUUUUCCGAGGAAUUACGAGAAUGUUUCUGGAGAGGAGUGUUUUCAGAGGGAAAUGUGUCCUUUCCAAAUAUGGUAUUGGCAGAGGUUAGUUCUAACCACUGUGUCCAAAAUGACAAUGGACAAAAAAGUUUCAAGCCAGCUGCAGUGAUGACGCAUUGUGUCUUUUGCUUUCGACGCGACUUGAAAUUGAAAACUUGUAAGCGUUGCAUGACAGCAACGUAUUGUGGCAAAAAUUGCCAAAAACUACACUGGCAAAAGCAUCAGUAUACCUGCAAAGCUACUGGACAAAGGAACACCAUAGAGGUGAAGGUUGCUGAGGGUUUUCCUAAUGACGGUUCUUAUCAUGUAAAUUUUAACAAGAGCCACUCGAGUCUGGCCCCUAGUGGUCCAGAUUACUAUCCUCCUCCACCUAAGGAUGGAAGUCGCUUUGUUGUGAAAAUCCAAACCUCUGAGACGGAUGAGUUUGGCGGACUUGUUACAGACUCGAGAGGGCUUCUGAGUGAUGAACAGGAUCCUAAUAAAGCUCGGAUGUUGCUUUAUGAUCGCAGCCACCAUGUCCAUUUUCGGGUUAGCUGCAAACCACAACUUUUUCAUUUAAUAAUGGAGUGCGGAAUGAUGGGGAAGAGAAUGACUUUCACGAAGAAAUUGUACUGUUGGGCAGCAUUUCAAGAUGUUAAAACGCUUCGAAUUUUUACCCACGAAUUUGCAGAAGUCCAGGAAUGGUAA